CGACGUCUGCAUGAAGAGGCGCAGAGCAUCAUUCACGAGGUUGAACACAUAGCGCUUCCGACUCAAAUUCUGCGCCAAGAGCUCGAAUACCCUGGAAUGAAGUCAGCAAUCUGUGUCUAUCCAAAGGCUCGCGCAUUGAUCGUGCUCGGUACCUACCAUACCAUCAUGGCAAUUCGGAGCCCAGAGGACGACCUCAUUGCCGCAGCAGAUCAUUUCACUCAAUCUUACCGAGUGACACGUCAGGAAGCCGAGCUACUCCCACAGGAUGACGAGUUACACGUCUGCUAUUUAGAUAUUGCACUCCAAAGACUGCGAAUGGUGUGUCUGGGUCAUAUCAAGGAUGCCCUCCAAAUCUUGGAACAGAUGCGGAUUUCUCUGCCACAAGCGAUGAAGAUAUAUCAUAUGGGAGCUUUCGCUUACGCAGCCUCAGAGCGAUUCGGUGAGAAUAACCUGGAAGGAGACGAUAGAGGAGCACCUGCGGUUCGAGCGGAAGAUUCGAGCGGACAUAGCGCGCGGGGUGAUCACUCCGUUUGACCUCGUAUCACUGGCAGAAUCAGGCCGUUAUUUGCCAGUGUCAAUAUUGCGAUGAAGGGCAGCUCGCGUACUACUCCUCCAUGCUUGUACAGUAGUCAGCUUGUCACUCUCGAAUGUAUAUGCCAACCGACCGUUGCAUAUCACAGCAGUGGUACAACUUUAAGUACUA